AUGGAACCCUAAAUACUCAACAAUAUUUAAGAAGAAUUUCAAAGGCAUUUUUUGAUAAAAUUGUUUAAUUUUCAGCCCUGAAAAUGGUGAAGAUAGCUUUCGGAAGCAUUGGCGACUCUUUUAGCGCAGCGUCCGUAAAGGCGUACGUGGCUGAGUUCAUUGCCACCCUUCUUUUUGUUUUCGCCGGCGUUGGCUCUGCCAUUGCUUACAACAAGCUGACCUCCGAUGCGGCUCUCGCCGGGCCUGGCCUGGUGGCGGUGGCGGUGGCCCAUGCGUUCGCGCUGUUCGUGGGGGUGUCAAUGGCGGCCAACAUCUCCGGCGGCCAUUUGAACCCCGCCGUGACCUUCGGACUGGCCGGCUGUCCCCACACAUGGAGUAGCAUCUGGAAUGAGUGCAAUUGAAGGGGUAGUAAUGGAAAUUAUCAUAACCUUCGGACUGGUGUACACAGUGUACGCCACAGCCGCAGACCCCAAAAAGGGCUCACUUGGGGUGAUUGCGCCGAUUGCAAUUGGGUUCAUUGUGGGGGCCAACAUCUUGGCGGCCGGCCCAUUUAGCGGUGGAUCCAUGAACCCGGCCCGGUCAUUUGGCCCGGCUGUUGCAAGCGGAGACUUCUCCCAGAACUGGAUCUAUUGGGUCGGCCCACUUAUUGGUGGUGGGUUAGCGGGUCUUGUUUAUGGUGAUGUCUUCAUUGCCGCCCAUUCCCCACUCCCCGCUUCUUCCGAUUACGCUUAAAACACAACUGCUGCUCUCUCUCUCUCUCUCUCUCUCUCUCUCUCUCUCUCUCUCUCUCUCUCUCUCUUGAAAAUGUGUGUUUUAUUUGGUGUGCCUUUUGCUUUUGAGUUGUAUUUUGGGCUUCAAGAAAGGAGCUUUGUAUUUCUCCACUUUUAAUAAAAAUGUAAAUAUAUUGCAAAAUUGUAUA